CCGUGGCGAGAGGAUGGGGAAAUUUUCGCUCCUGACUGGCUGUCUCGCGGCCACUUUAGGGCUGACGGUCGCUCUUGGUCUAGUGUUCCUGUUGGCGCCGAGUAUCACGAGGAAUGGCCGGAGUGAUCCUGAGGAGGAGGACCUGGUCGCCCUCGAGGAUUUUGAGGAUUAUAUCAUGAGUAAUGUUGAUCCUCAGAGCAUAAGGCAGAUCUUGCGGAAACUGACCACCCUCCCCCACCUGGGCGGCACGGCGGAGGAGUGGCAGAUGUCGGGCCUCAUUUCUGACACGUGGCGCCAGCAGGGCAUGGACGAGGUCCACAUGGUGCCAUACGAGGUUCUUUUGUCCUACCCGAGCAAGGAAGUGCCCAACUUGGUCCGCCUCGUCGACCAAGAUGGCAACGCGGCGUGGACGUCGGCGGCCAAACAGAAGCCGUUAUAUUCCCCUGAAGAGUCAAACCCUGACAUUCCUUUCACUUUUAAUGGUUAUGCGGCUCCCGGCAAUGUCACGGGCGACGUGGUGUACGUGAACUACGGCCGCUCCCAGGACUUCGAGACUUUGUCCGAAAAAGGAAUCAGUCUCGAAGGGAAGAUCGUAAUCGCUCGCUAUGGAAGGAUCUUCAGGGCGAAUAUUGCCCAGAUGGCGGAGGGCCUGGGCGCCGUCGGCCUCGUCCUCUUCAGCGACCCGAAGGACUUCGCUCCCGAAGGACCCGAGUUCGUGUAUCCUCGUUCCUACUUCAUGCCGCCGUCCGCCGCGCCCUUCGGCACCGUCAAGCUCGUCGACGGCGACCCACUCACGCCCUUCUACCCCGCCACCAAGAGCGCCUUCCAUAUUCCCAUGGCAGACGCCCCCAUUCCUACCAUUCCAGUCCAGCCCAUCGGGUAUGAGGACGCUUGGCAGAUCCUCAGCCGGCUCGGUGGUCCCCCAGCCCCGGGGGAGUGGCAGGGCGGCUUAAACAUCACCUACAACCUCGGUCCUGGAUUCUCCCUCCCCGGCUGGAAGCUCAACUUGGAUGUCAACAACAACAACACGCACACGACAACUUACAAUGUUAUUGGUGUUAUAAAGGGCAGAGUGGAGCCGGACAGAUACGUGUUACUGGGCAACCACAUCGACGCCUGGAUUUUCGGAGGCUUGGACCCCAACUCCGGAACGGCCGCCAUGCUGGAGCUGUCUCGAGUGCUCACCAAACUCGUUAGGGAAAAAGGCUGGCGCCCUCGCAGAUCGCUGGUGUUCUGCGCGUGGGGCGCCGAGGAGUACGGGCUGGUGGGGUCGCUGGAGUGGACGGAGCAGUUCGGGAGGCAGCUGGCGGACAGGGCGGUGGCUUACCUCAAUGUCGACAUGGCGAUUGAAGGCAAUUACACCCUGCGUACCAAAUCUGCGCCGCUGCUGUAUCAGGUCAUAUAUGAGAGUGCCAAGAGGAUUCCGAACCCAGACCCCGAGGAAGCGAGGGCAGGCCGCCUCACCGUCUACGACACUUGGGCCGCGCGAAAACCCGACCCCGUGGAGUCGAACUCUCCGCUGAUGCAGUUCAUAGGGUCCGGCAGUGAUUAUAAGGGAUUCCAGCACAACCUUGGGAUUCCUUGUAUGGACACGAGGUAUACUUAUAGUAAUCGUACCCUAGGCGAGCCCCAAUACCACACUCUCUACGAAACCUUCGCUCUGGUGGACGAAAUCUACGACAGAGGUUUCCAUUUCCACAAGGCUGUCACGGCUCUCUGGGGCUACAUUACCCUCAGGUUGUCGGAACCCGAGGUCCUGCCCUUCUCCCUCGACGCCUACGCCACUUUCCUUUCAAGGGCUUCGGGCAACAUCUUAGAGAAAUAUGGGGACCUCAUCAGUUCUCAAAACAUAACAAUGGACUAUUUUACCGCGGCAGUUCAAAAGUUCAACUCAACAACAUUUGCCUUCAAGAACUCCAUUAAGAAACUGGACCUUGAUAACCCAUUAGCAGUCCGACGCGUUAACGACCAAUUAAUGAUGGUUGAGAGAGCGUUUAUCGACCCGCGAGGACUUCCUGGUCGCCCGGAUUAUAACCACGUGGUGACGGCGCCGAGCAAGAACGACGCCUACUCCGGCACGGCCUUCGCUGGCCUGUCUGACACCCUGUUCAGCCUACAGGAAGCGCCGGAUGACCUGCGACCUAACCUGUGGGUGACCUUCUCCCAGCACCUGGCUGCUGUGACCCACGCCCUGGAAACGGCCAGCAGAGUUUUGACUGAUGACCUGUGGUAGCUUUUUCCCCCCAUGUGAUUUUCUCUUUUCUUUCUCUCUCUUCUCUCUCUCUCUCUCUCUCUCUCUCUCUCUCUCUCUCUCUCUCUCUCUCUCUCUCUCUCUCUCUCUCUCUCUCACACACACACACACACUCCCCUACAUUUUCACUCCUGCUUCUCCUCUCUUCCUUUCUGUCAUUGUUUUCCUUCUCUCCCUACAUUUCUCCUUUCUCUUCAAAUUUCUGUUCUACAAAUCUGUAGCACUGAUUUUCUUGAUUUUAACUUUUCCUUUAUGUUAGCCUAGCUUAGCCUCAAAACCUUUCUUUUAUUUGUUCAUCUUUAUCUGUUUUUCCUUUCUAUAUACUGUUGCCCUUCCCUUCCUUCUACCUCACUCCCCCUUUUUCUCACUACUCUUGCCCUUUAUUCUAUGGCACCUAUUCUAUAGAUCUACCUUCCCUGGAUCUACCCUGUCUGUGCUGGCCUUUCUCUUGCCUAUACUUUAUCUCUAUCUGCCCUCAUCCCUGGUCUCCCCCUGCCUCUCCUUUAUCCAAACCCUUGUUUCUACGUCCCUUUUUAUGUUAAGCAGGGUGAUUAGUAUUGUCCAUUAUAUGUGUUCAUUUUUAGCGUUUUAUUGAUGUCCUUUUGAUACUCCGUGUUAUGCCAUAAACAUUUGUAUCUGCACUUUCACUUUUAUUGUUUUUCCUGUUCCUGUGCAAAUUCUUCCUUUCUUUCUCUCCCUCUCUCUCUCUCUCACUCUCUCUCUCUCUCUCUGUCUCUCUGUCCCUCUCUCUGUCCCUCUCUCUUUUUCUGUCUUUGUCUCUGUCUGUCUGUCUGUCUCUCUCUCUCUAUCUCUCUCUCUCUCUCUCUCUCUCUCUCUCUCUCUCUCUCUCUCUCUCUCUCUCUCUCUCUGUAUUUUAAAUAAUUUUUGUAAGAAAGUUGAUGUACGUCUUGCCUCCCUUCCCGCCUAUAUAAGGGAACCAUUUCUGCUUAAUAAAGAA